AUUUCACUGGGAAUUCAAUUUGAGUAUUUUCUAGAGGCGCUGUCCUGCAGUUCUGGAGAAUUGAAACGACUUUUUAGGUUAUCGUGAGCCAGUGUUGAGGCGAGAUAAAAAUGCAGAGCCUGAGGAGGUGUAUUCAGACGUUGACGUCUACCUGUAAAUUUAAUGGCAACAAUGUUCCAUUCGUUAGAACAAUAACUCCAGCUUCGACUAUUCACACGACAUCUUCUCGAUUUUUUGAAGAAGAGGAUCAUGAGAGAGAUUAUGAGGGGCCUAAACACUGGAUGGAUUAUAAUAAGAAGGUCUACCCCCCUCAGGAACCAGGAGAACCGAGAAGACCUGCUUUCGUUUGUAAUGUCAAAGCCAACAUUAAAUACAGUCCAAAAACCAUGUGGUACAUAGCGUCUUUCGUACGUGGAUUGACUGUCGAUGAAGCUGUCAGACAAUUAAGUUUCUGUCUGAAAAAAGGAGCUGUAGCUGCCAAAGAGACGAUUUUAGAGGCACAGCGGAUGGCUGUUGAGGAGCACAAUGUAGAAUUCAAAAGUAAUCUCUGGGUUGCCGAGUCUUUCGCAACGAAAGGAAAAGUCGUUCAUGGAAUCAGAAAACACGCUAAGAGUCGAAUUGGUAGAAUAACGUACAGAUAUGUACAUUAUUAUGUUCGGCUCGAAGAAGGAGUCCCUCCGAAAGACUAUUAUAUGAGAAAUCCCAAAACACCAGAGGAGCUUCUCGAUAAUUAUCUGGAGCGAAUGCGAUACCGUAAAAUUGGUAAUACAUUGUAAUCCUGGUAUAUUUUGUAAUGAUAAUUUAAGAUGGUUCGGAUGAAAUAAAAUGUUUAGAAGGAUA